GAAGGGGAGGGGACUGGAAGGAGGUGAAGCCGGGGCUGGGUGUGAGACCUGCGGCUGUGGAGCCGGACCGGGGACAGCCCCGGCCGCGGAGGCGGCCACUAGGGGGCGGCGCGGGGCCGGGCCGAGGCCUGUCCCCGAGGCUGGGGCCCGCUGCCUGCCCCAGACUGGUUUCCGUCUCUCGGACAGACAUGUCUUUGGUGGACUUGGGAAAGAGGUUGCUAGAAGCAGCAAGAAAAGGCCAAGAUGAUGAAGUGAGAACAUUGAUGGCAAAUGGCGCCCCAUUCACCACGGACUGGCUUGGAACAUCACCCCUUCACCUUGCAGCUCAGUAUGGCCAUUAUUCCACAGCAGAAGUACUCCUUCGAGCAGGCGUUAGCAGGGAUGCCCGGACCAAAGUGGACAGGACCCCCUUGCACAUGGCUGCGGCUGAUGGACAUGCACACAUCGUGGAACUGCUUGUUCGGAAUGGUGCAGAUGUGAAUGCCAAGGACAUGCUGAAGAUGACAGCUUUGCACUGGGCCACAGAGCGCCACCAUCGAGAUGUUGUGGAGUUACUUAUCAAAUACGGAGCUGAUGUCCAUGCUUUCAGCAAAUUUGAUAAAUCUGCCUUUGACAUAGCUCUGGAGAAAAACAGUGCUGAGAUUUUGGUCAUCCUCCAGGAAGCAAUGCAGAAUCAGGUGAAUGCUAAUCCAGAGAGAGCCAACCUUGUGACUAACCCUGUGACUAUGUCUGCUCCAUUUAUCUUCACGUCGGGAGAGGUUGUUAACCUUGCUAGCCUUGUGUCUUCAACCAACAGCAAAACAACCUCAGCUAAUUCAGAGAAAAUUAUAGAGAGAAAUUCUGUUGACUCAUCAAUCCAGCAAGUAACGGGGAAUGGAGGCCAGAGGGUCAUCACCAUAGUGACAGAUGGAGUCCCUUUGGGUAUCUCUACUGGAGGCAUUGGCCAGCCAUUUAUUGUAACUAUGCAAGAUGGACAGCAAGUUCUAACUGUACCUGCUGGUCAGGUUGCAGAGGAGACUGUAAUUGAAGAGGAAGUAGAAGAGAACUUGCCACUAACAAAGAAACCCAGGAUAGAAGAAAUGACAAACAGUGUGGAGGAAAGCAAGGAAGGCAAUGAAAGAGAGCUACUACAGCAACAACUCCAGGAAGCCAAUCGAAGAGCCCAGGAAUACCGACACCAGCUCCUACAGAAAGAGCAGGAAGCAGAACAGUACCGUCUCAAGCUGGAGGCCAUAGCCCGACAGCAGCGCAAUGGAGUUGAUUUCACCAUGGUUGAAGAGGUUUCUGAGGUAGAUGCUGCAGUCGUUACAGAGGGGGAAGAGAAAAAGACAAAAGUGACUGGGUCAGCAGGGACCAAAGAGCCUCACACUGGAGUUUCCAUGGAAACGAUUUCACCUUAAUAUGCAAGGGCCACAGUUUGCACUGUGUUCAUAAUACUCCUCUUUUAAAAAAUGAAAACAUAUAGAAGACAAACAUUGUAUAAAAAAAAUAAGUGUCUUUAAGAAGAAAACUAUAGCAGGAUACAAUGCUUGGGCUCAGGAAGGUUCUCUGUGCAACUGGAAAAUUCAAAGCCAUAUUUAGGGAACAUUUCUUCCAAGGGGCCAAAAGAAUAUGGACCAAAUGUCUUAGAUCACAUCAUUGCUUUAAGCAUAGAGGUAAAAGAAUA